GUUGCCAGAUGUUCAUUAGAUGUAUAGAAAUAUCAAUAUUCUAAUAUUCUAAAAUAUUUAAAUUGGCAUAUAAAUUAUUCAUCAUUUUUAUAUUUAAAUACUUCUAUCUAUAAACAAUAACAGUCACCUUUUAUUAUAAAAGUUGUUACAUAACAGAUAUUCAUUUCGGUUACAAACAGUAUUUCGCUAUUGAUAAUUAAAAUAGGAAACUUGGCACUACUGCACUUACAGUCCAUCUUUUACAUAACUCGGCUCGUUUCUAGGAUUCGAAAUCUGUAAAAUUAAUUUUUACAAAAAUGAGUGCCUGGAGAGCUGCUGGAUUAAACUACAUUAACUAUUCCAACAUUGCUGCCAAACUUCUGAGGCAGGCACUUAAACCUGAACUUAGAACAGAAGCAAUGAGAAGAAAUGAAACCCAUAUUAAAGUAACCAAAUGGCAAGAUGGAAAGCCAAUAAGUGCUAGAGAAUAAAUACUAGGGAGUCCACAUUUUAAAUCCAUAAUUUAAGUCCAAGUCUAUGUAGUGUUAAUAAUUGUUUAGUCAACUACAAUUUAUGUUACAAUUUUGUAAAUAUCAGUUCCAGAUUUAUAUUAUGUGGGUAUUAUUCCUAUUUUUGAUGUAAAAAUGGAAUAGUGAAAAAGAAUAAAACAAUAUUAUAAUAUAAAAA